CUAUAUAAGAAAAAGAAAACGUGAAAAUAGAGUAAAGUAAUAAUGGGAGUACGAGAAGUCAUGGAAGAAGUGAUUGCUGAACUCAGUGCCAAAGAAGAAGUAAAAACUGUUAUGGAAGAAGCAAUCAGUAAACUCACUAUCAAAGAAGAACAAACAGAAAUAAUAAGGGAACUAAGGGAUCGUCCACCAGCUCACUAUCUGUUUAAGAUCGAAAACUUCUCUAAACUUUCUGACGCAAAGGUCGAGAAUUUUCAAUCAAGUGAUUUUGAAGUUGGCGGAUACAAAUGGAGGCUGUCUCUUUACCCUGAGGGAAAUAAGAAAAAAAAUGGAGAUAAACACCUAUCUCUAUAUUUAGCACUAUCCAAUUCAAAUAGAUUACCCUUACAUAGUGAGGUUAAUGCUUUCUUCAAGUUGUUUGUUUAUAAUCAAAUUGAAGAUAAGUAUUUGGCUGUUCAAGAUGGUAAGGAAACAGAAAGGCGUUUUCGUGGAAUGAAAACAGAAUGGGGUUUUGACAAAUUUAUUUCACGUGAUGCUUUUAAUGAUGCUUCAAAUGGAUACCUUAUUGAUGAUUGUUGUGUAUUUGGAGCUGAGGUUUACAUAAUGGAAAAAUGUACUUAUAAAGGUGAGUGCAGGGUCUAUUGUUGA